CUCUCUCUCUCUCUCUCUCUCUCUUGUGGAGAGAUGGGUAGAGCACCUUGUUGUGAAAAAGUGGGAUUAAGGAAAGGAAGAUGGACAGCAGAAGAAGAUCAAACCUUGAUAAAGUACAUCCAAAGCAAUGGAGAAGUCUCAUGGAGGGCAUUGCCCAAAAAUGCAGGGCUGUUGAGGUGUGGAAAGAGUUGCAGAUUGAGAUGGGUGAAUUACCUAAGAGGGAACUUGAAGAGAGGGAACAUCACUGCUGAAGAGGAAACCACCAUUGUGAACUUGCAUGCUUCCUUGGGAAAUAGGUGGUCUUUGAUAGCUAGCCAUCUACCAGGAAGGACAGAUAAUGAGAUAAAGAACUAUUGGAACUCUCAUCUGAGCAGAAAAAUUUACUACAAAAUCCCCAAUGAUGGUGAAUCUGUACCCACCUCCUCCAUUCCCACUGCCAAAAUGGCUGCCACAUUCACGCCAAGCCAAAGGGGCCGAGUCAGCCGAUCCGACGCCAAAAAGUACAAGAAGAAAGUACCAUCUGCUGCCAAUGUAGGACUAGCAGAGGAGAGAGAAAGAAUGAAUUUGGAUGAACAGACUGUAGAGAGAGGAGGACAGGUUGGUGGUGUACUACUGCAUGGUUCUUGCAUGGACAGUGAAGUUAUGUGCCUUGGUGAUCAAGUAACCAAUUCUUCUGAGGAGAAAGAAAAGGUGGUGGUGUUGGGACCAUAUAAAGAGCUAGAAAAUGACAUGGUGCACAACAACAUUAUCAUGGAAGCUAGAGUUGAUGAGGAAAGAGAAAACAGGGUUUUGGGUGAAAAUGUGAAUGGAUUUGAGGAGAUUAAAUGUGGGUUUUUAUGCUCAAACUCAGAAUUUGGAGAGUGGUAUUCGUAUCCGUCGCCGACCAUGAAUUCAUGCUUUGAUUCUGAUCAGUGGGUUGGUUGUAACUGGGAUAGUUGCGAUGAAGGUCUCAAGUUAGGGGAUGAAGAGGAAGAUAGUUUUUGGUUAUGGGACAGUAGCAUGAUAGCAUCUGCCAAGUAGGAGAGUGUUUUAUUUUUCAGUUCUGAUAUGAAUACAAAAAUCAAACAUGAAAUAAAAAACGAAAUUCAUAUGAAUGGAUAAGAUUUUAUAGAAUUUAUUGAUAGGAUCCUUCUGAAAAAUCUUAUUAAUUCAUAUACAAUCUAUGUCUAGCUAUGUAAUCAAUUUAUGUGUUUCUAAGCUCCAGUGUAACAAUGAUAAAUGGCAAUAAAAGUUCCCAUUUUGGUCUGAUCAUACAGUGGCCGGCUAACCUUGAUGGAUAAGCUAUGCAAAUUGUAUCUGUAGUUUAUUUGUUGUCUCAAUUUAGUCUUUUUUGUUAUAACGGCAUCAAAUUUACUUUUGAAUUUUCAUAAUUUCUUUCAAUUGAUAACUUUCUUGUAGAAAUUGGGUUUUGCUCUUUGAUUUUUUUUGUCCA